AUGGUCCGCGAAGUGCCAGGCGCACUUUCUACACCAGACAUGUCUCCAUCUCCCGAACCUAUCACCACUUCAGAACUUCACGACGAUAUCUUCGGCUCAGCACCAACUUCGCCUGCAUUAUCGCCAUCACAGGAACAUGACACCAAUGACAUCCAAAUCCCUGCACAACUUCUCAACACCGCGAAUUCGGAACGCUCGGAUAUCCCACGCCUGCGCAGCGUGCACGUGACUUCUGGUUACCGAGAUGGUAUCUCUGUAUCCAAAGCUGAGCACGUCCAACACGGUUUCGACGAGGGAUUCUCUCUCGGUGCUGUUAUUGGAAUCAAAGCUGGAUUUUUGCUUGGAGUCCUUGAAGGUGUUGUUCGCGCUAUCCAACCUUCUGCUUCCAUCACCACGGAAGUCAAAGAAGACGUGAUUACGAAGUUUGUGGCGGCGCGGGAGGAGCUGGGAUUGCAGAGUCUGUUUGGCAGAGAGUGGUUUGGCGAAGAUGGGAUUUGGAAGUUCGAGGUUCAUGGCAAGGNNGAUGAAGAGGAUGUUACUUUCCGGGAUGUGGCCGAUGCGCAUCCUCUGAUUGAGAAAUGGUCUCUGGAAGUCGAGGAGUUGAAGAAGAAGUUUGGGAUUGUCAUCCAAGCCAGAGAGAGACCGGAAGGAGAUGAUGAGGAAGAGAAGACUGCUUGA